AUGCAAGGCAGACUGUUUCUGCGGGGUUUACGAUUUUUUGGUUAUCACGGCGCGGUGGCGGCAGAGCGAACGCUUGGCCAAGUGUUCCAGGUGGACCUCGAGGUUGCCACCAGCGUCCUCGGUCGAGCAGCGCGAAGCGAUUCCCUUCAAGAUACCCUCGAUUAUGUGAAACUGUACGAAAUCGUAAAAGAGGUUGUGCAGGGCCCUCCAAGGAACCUCGUUGAAACCUUAGCCCUCGAUAUUAUUCAGCGAGUUUUCCAGUCGUUUCAAGAUGCCGAGGAGGUCUCGUGCGCAGUGCACAAACCCGCGAUUUCGAUUCCGGGAAAAGUGGACCAAGGCUCUAUCGGUGUUCAGUUUACCAGGACAAGGCAAGCUUCAUGCAGCAGCAACAGCGCCGCCACACCGUGUUAG